CCUGCCCAGCCCGGGUCACCGGCGCUCGCGCCCGCCGCUUAGCACUCGGGCGCCGCUCGCUUCUCGGGGCAUCGCGGAAAUAUCGCCACAGACGGACACAAUGGCGGCGACUGCCGCCACCACGGCCGCCACCGCCGGCACGGCCGUCCGCAGCAGCGGCAGCAGCAGCAGCAGCAGCAGCGCCGGCACCGACGCCACGGGCACCAGCAGAUUGCCGCAGCCGCCGCCGCAGCCGCCCCAGCCCGCGGCCGCCGCGCCGGCCCAGCCGCGGCAGCCGCCGCCCGACCCCCCCAGGAAGCCACGCAUGGACCCUCGGCGCCGCCAGGCUGCCCUCUCCUUCCUCACCAAUAUCUCUUUAGACGGACGGCCGCCGCUGCAAGAUGAGGAGUGGGCUGGCAGCGAGGAGAGCGGUGGGGUCAAGCCCGGAGCCGGCAGCGCCUGCGGCGCGAGGACUCGGCUCAGUCUGCUCGCCGCCGCCGAGCGGGGCGGCUGCAGCGCGCUUGCAGUGGCGGGCACAGCGGCGGCAUUGGCAGCUGGAUCCGGCCCCUACCUCCCGCCGCCGUCGCCGCUGCCGCCCCUGGUCCCUGGCGGCUACGCGACCGCGCUCGGCCCUGGGGCGUCCCGAGGGUUCGCGAGCUCCCUGGGCGCGGGCCGGGCGUCGGGAGAGCAACUGCAGCUGCCCCGGCCCGCGCUUCUCGCCGCCUGCGUUCAGCCGCAGCUGCCCAACGGGCCCGGGGGCGCCGGGCAGGAGGAGUUGGAGGAGGACGAUGCCUUUACCAGCGUGCAGGUGCCGGCGGCCGCCUUCUUGGGCUCCGGGACUCCCGGGAGUGGGAGCGGCAGUCGAGGCCGCCUCAACUCGUUCACUCAGGGAAUCCUGCCCAUCGCCUUCUCCAGGCAGACUUCGCAGAACUAUUGCUCUCUGGAGCAGCCGGGCCAGGGAGGCAGCACCAGCGCCUUUGAACAGCUGCAGAGGUCCCGACGUCGUCUCAUCUCCCAGAGAUCGUCCUUGGAGACCCUGGAAGACAUUGAGGAGAACGCCCCUCUACGGAGAUGUCGAACUCUCUCAGGUUCCCCCAGACCAAAGAACUUUAAGAAGAUUCAUUUUAUCAAGAACAUGCGGCAGCACGACACCAGGAAUGGCAGAAUAGUCCUUAUCAGUGGCAGAAGAUCCUUCUGUAGUAUAUUUUCAGUGCUGCCAUAUCGCGACAGUGCCCAAGUUGGGGAUGUGAAGUUGGAUGGAGGGAGACAAUCAGCGGGAGCCGUGAGCUUGAAAGACAUCGUCGGCCUGGAAGGCGUGGAGCUGGGUGCAGACGGGAAGACUGUUUCUUAUACCCAGUUUCUGUUACCCACGAAUGCCUUUGGAACACGAAGGAACACCUUAGACUCCACGUCCUCCUUCUCCCAGCUCCGUACCCUGAGCCACCGAAGCCUCUCCAUAGGACGGGCGAGUAGCACCCAGGGGAGCCUGGACACAGGUAGUGACCUGGGAGACUUCAUGGACUAUGACCCUAAUCUCCUGGAUGACCCCCAGUGGCCUUGCGGCAAGCACAAGCGAGUUCUGAUCUUCCCUUCAUACAUGACCACAGUCAUUGACUAUGUGAAGCCCUCGGAUCUCAAGAAAGACAUGAACGAGACUUUCAAGGAGAAGUUUCCUCACAUUAAGUUAACACUCAGCAAAAUAAGGAGCCUGAAGCGAGAGAUGAGGAAGCUUGCCCAGGAGGACUGUGGCUUCGAGGAGCCCACGGUGGCCAUGGCCUUUGUCUACUUUGAGAAGCUCGCCCUCAAGGGAAAGCUAAACAAACAGAACCGGAAGCUUUGUGCCGGGGCGUGCGUGCUCUUAGCGGCCAAAAUCGGAAGCGACCUCAAAAAACAUGAAGUCAAGCAUUUAAUUGACAAACUGGAAGAGAAGUUCCGGCUGAAUAGACGAGAACUGAUUGCCUUUGAAUUCCCAGUGUUGGUGGCCUUGGAAUUUGCCCUCCAUCUGCCAGAGCACGAAGUCAUGCCCCAUUACAGACGCCUGGUCCAGAGCUCCUAGCCCAGGCCUCCCGGGGGGGCCAGGGACGACGUCCUCUGAGCUCAGUGGGGCAGCACUGACUACUGGAAAUGCAGGAGUAGAACUCAACACAGCAAAUGUUUUUCCUCUCGACCUGUUUUUGUGUAGAAGCAAGACUGGAAACUUUUCAGGGAGCCUUCAGUCUGGCCAGCCUUGCUGCGCCCUGAACUGUUCACUGCUCAGCAAAGAAGGGGAGACCCACGCAGAAGACGGCUCUCCCAUCUCGCCACUCGCAAGAUUUCCUAGCUGGCACCGCCCAGGCUUCCUCGAGGCCACACACAGACCUUGCAGGAAUGGUCCAGGGACUUCUCUACAGACCCAUUCCACCUUGGAGUGUGAAGGCCGAGAGCAGAGCGAGGAAGAGAAUGUGCAGACGUUGGGGGAAAGCUUCUAAAAGAUACUUUCACUGCAUCAAAAGAGCGUGCCAAUCUAUUUUUGUAUCCGCUGUCGAAAGUGCACUUUCCCCCUGGGGGCGGAUGAGCGAGGGUGAGCGUGUGUGUGUCUGAGAUGCCGCAUCAGCCCUCCACCUCCAGGGCCAGCCCCACCCACUACAGAACUGACCUCAGCCAGGGGUCAGGAGCCAGGCUGACCUUCAGCAAUUAUUCCAGACCAUCUCUGGGUAACAGUCACUCCGUACCAGAUUGACAUCGUCUGCCCUUAGAAAAUGACACGAUUUCUGUUACUGCUCUUGCCACCAUUGGGACGAAGAAGACAGUUCUCACUGUCGGAUGGACUGUGGGGAACGGCGUGGCAUAUGGCACUCUGUCCCUUUCCACUGUCUCGCCCUGUGCGUACAUCGAACCUGCACACUUCCCCCCUUGUGGAGAUGCUGGGGUUGGGCUCCGUGGUGUGCAUUCCUGUGCUCUAUGUUAGAGUGCAUCAUGGGCACAUUUAUUGUGCUAUAUAUAGACAUAUACAUAUAUAUAAAGCAUUUUAUAAAAUCCAGAAUAGGGGAAAGGCACAUGAUUAUUGUUUUGAGGCUUUGACAACUGGGACAAACUGCGUCUUGAGCUGUGGUUGAGUCCAUCAAAGAGGCAGCAACUCUUAUUGCCACGUCCCCAGGGCUGUUCGUGCAGUUUUAAUUAUAACUUGUACCGAUUUGCUGGGAUGACCCAAAAGGAGGCACCUUACCAUGCUGUCACCUUGUAGCUGCGAGAGGUGCCCGCUGGGGUUCACCAGACUGACAGAAACCUGUGGCCCUGUAAAAAGAAUUAAAAUAUUUUAGUGUUUCUAUAGCCAUGUAUGUGUAUGUGUAGACACGGAAGUGUUACCUGUCACCUGUUGCCCUGCAUUACGGAUUCGCCUGCCACCCUCCCCUCCUGGAUUUCACACACAGACUCAGAGUUUCUCCGUCACCCCCAAGAACAGGUGACGGGGGAAAGGAGCAUACCCAGCUUUAGUUAACAGGGCUUGAAAGAGUCUGACAGUCACAGGUGGGAGGAAUUCAAGGAGUGUCUGGGGCGAGCAAGCAAGAUGCUUGCCUUCUGCAGAGUCGUAGACAGAACAGAGUUGAGUCCUAAAUAUUUUACUGAGAACUAUCCGGAGCUGGCUUCAGUUGCACGGUGAUCCUGUUGAAGGGUUUGAUGUACCUGAUCUCUUUGGCUCCAUAGAUUAUUACAAUGUAGGAGGCACCUGUUUAUGAGGCAAAUUUGAAAGGAAGCACAGAGUGUGCAAAGCAUCUCCAUCACCCAAAUGGAGAAUGCGCUUGGCCUCUGCUGCUGCCUUUCGCCUGCAGUUCCCUGAUGAGCCCUUGGGUUCCCAGCCCACUCAGCUCCCUGGUGAGUGCCUGGCAGGUGACGAGCCUUCCUGAGAAGCAGGGCCGCUGGCACCUAGAAAUUUCCUGCAGAGCUCCCCACUGUCCAUCUGUCUUGAGUCUCCUGCCAAGCUAUGGGGACAUGGGAUGGGUGACACAGGCCACCAGCCCAGAUGUGGGGAAGGCAGGAUCCUGUAUCCUUACUGUGUCUGAAAAUGAGGCUAAGUUUCUUCGAUUUGAGGCAGUUUGGUGUUUAGCAUUUAUGAGGUGGACUUAAGCUGUGGGUCUAUUUUCUUUUAAAGAUUUAUCUUAAUUUAAAAGUCUGUUUUGGGAGUUCCCAUUGUGGCUCAGCAGUAAUGAACCCGACAAGUAUUCAUGAGGACACUGGUUCGAUCCCUGGCCUCACUCACUGGGUUAAGGAUCCGGUGUUUCGGAGAGCUGCAGUGUAGUUCACAGACGAGGCUCAGAUCUGGCAUUGCUGUUGCUGUGGUGUAGACCAGCAACUACAGCUCCGAUUCAACCCCUGCCCUAGGAUCUUCCAUAUGCCUCAGGUGUGGCCCUAAAAA